GCUGGUGUCGCUGCCCAUUGGGACUUCCAGAGGAAAGAGCUAGUCAGUGGCAAAAGAGUGAGGAGAGCACGUUUGUCAGACGGUGCCUAAUGAACUGACUUGUUUUUUGAUUUAGUUCAUUAUUUUUGUCUUCUAACAGCUACUGAAGUUUCUGGCAGCAAAGUCGUCAUGGCAGACCUGGGCUGCAAAAAACCCAGUGACUGUACUGUCUCCAGGCUACUCAGCGUAGUGGAGAGUGAACUCCGGGCUGGGAGAGACAAAGGCGAUCCCACUGAGAAACAGCUCCAGGUUGUCUUAGAGGAUGCGACGCUCUGGCAGAGAUUCAGGGAAGUCACUAAUGAGAUGAUCGUGACCAAGAACGGCAGGCGGAUGUUCCCUGUUUUAAAGAUCAGCGUGUCAGGCUUGGACCCGAACGCCAUGUAUUCCUUCCUGUUGGACUUCGCCCCGACUGAUGGCCACCGCUGGAAGUAUGUCAAUGGAGAAUGGGUGCCGGCUGGGAAACCAGAGCCACCAAACCACAGCUGCGUCUACAUCCACCCAGACUCUCCAAACUUCGGAGCCCAUUGGAUGAAAGCUGCUAUUUCCUUCAGCAAAGUCAAACUUACCAACAAGCUCAAUGGGAGUGGGCAGAUAAUGCUGAACUCCCUGCAUAAAUAUGAGCCGCAGGUACACAUAGUUCGUGUAGGAGGCCCCCACCGGAUGGUGAUGAACUGCUCCUUCCCUGAGACACAGUUCAUAGCCGUGACUGCCUAUCAAAAUGAAGAGAUAACAGCUCUCAAAAUCAAGUAUAAUCCCUUUGCCAAAGCCUUCCUGGAUGCGAAAGAAAGAAACCAUCCCAAGGAUGCUCCAGAAACAGCUUCUGAAGGUCAACAUAUGACAUAUUCUCACUCUCCACACACUCCCCGCAGCUGUGAGCGAUAUUCAGCACUGCGAGGGCAUCGGGCUGCUCCAUACCCACCUUCCUACAUGCAGAGAAAUCAUUCACCUACAGUUAAUUUGUUGGAGAGCUCCAGCAAUAACCUUCAGGUAUUCUCAGGACAUGACAGCUGGACUUUGCCAUCCUCUCCACAUGCUAAUUUGCUCUCAGUGCCACACACAAAGGGAGCUGCCAGCCCUGGCCCCAGCCACUACCCUUGCCUGUGGACCGUGAGCAACAGUUCUGUAAAUGUUGCCAACGCAGGAAGCGAGGUGAACAGCAGCCCUUCAAGCAUGUUUCUAAGGGGUAAUGUCCCCUUACCCACUGCAUCAUCAGUCCAAAUCCCUCUGCAGGGAAUGGUGUCUGGCAGCAUGGAAACGCAAGGGGAAACUGCUCCAGCCAGACUAGCCGACUCUGCAUGGACAUCCUCACACUCCUUUUAAUGGACAGGCAGCUCAUGAGGGAAGCUCAGCCAAACAAGACUGACACAAAUGGCAAACGAUCUCCUAGAAUUGCAGCUCAGAGCAGGGAUGUAUAUGCAGAAAACUGCCUUCAUCAAACAUCACUUUCCACUUUCCACUCUUGUGUGCCAGCAAAUCCAGAAUGCAUAAUGCAAAGGCAGAAAAUGUUAUGGGAGCCAGCUUAUUACUGUAACCUUUAUGCGUCAUUCAGCAUGAUGUCCAGAAGGAAUCUUUAUAGAUAGUUUUGCUUCUAUAUCACAUAAAAACUGGUCAGAGACAUGGGACUGAGUGAAGCAGACAUGGCAGUUGGAUAUUUGCAUGUC